ACUGGGCCGAAGCCCACUGGUUCGUCGCCUCCCCGUCUUGCCCGCCGCGCCUCGCACGGCCGCCGCCGCCGCAGCCGCAUCGGGAUCUCCCUCCGGCCAACUCCCGCCACAGCCGCCGCCGCUCCCUUCCUCCCCUCCUUCCCUCCAACCCCGCGCGGAGGCCGCUUCUGUCCUCGCGAAGAUGCUGGGGUUCUCGACCGGCCAGCUGCUGGUCAUCCUCGGGGCCUGCCCCGUCAUGAUGAAGCCCAGCGACAUGGUGAAGAUCGCGAGGACGGCCGGGAGGAUGACCGGGAGGGCGGUCGGGCGGCUCAUCGUGGCGCGCCGGCAGCUGGACGAGAUCCUGGGGCAGUCUGCAGCCACCCAGGUUCAUAAGGAGCUUAAAGAUGCGAUGACCCAGCUGGACUCAAUUCGUUAUGAAGUUCAGAACCUGUCUAGAUUAACUCCUGGUCACUUCAACAUGAGACUGCAUAACACUGGCAUGGCUGAAGCAGGGAAAUCUGAUGCCUCUGAUGUUUCUGUAACUAAGCCAGAAGAAUUUCGUCAUGAAAUUCGAAGUAUAAUUCGUGAAGAAAUUGAAAGCUUUUGUAGAACACGACCUGAUUCCACUCAGAACUUCGCAAGCAGAACUGAUGCUAGAAAAGUUGAUGUGGCUGAUGACCAUAUGUCACUUAAAUCCAAGGACAUGAAAAUGGCUGAUACAGGAUUGACAAAUCUACACAGCCAAGCAAUGACGUAUGCAAGGCUAUCUGAAGCCCCAGGACUUAAGGCGUACCCUUCCUUGAGUGGGAACUAUCAAGAACAACUCAAGGAAAACAAUGGGUUGCUACAUGUACUGCCAAUAUCAGCUGAAAGUGCUGGAUUACUUCCUAACCGCUCAGGUGGAUCAACAGGCUCAGAUCUAGUGCUUGAAGCUGUGCUUGAAGCAGAGGUUUCUGAGAAUGCCAAAUUUUUCAUCUCGCAGCCCCAUGAUCAAUUGCCCAAGGAGUGAUGCUGAAUUGCUGACGAUGUGCUCGAAUAGGAAGUUGCAAACAGCAGCAAACUUUCCGACACUCAUGUACUCUGUAAACCUUAGUUGAGAUGGUGGAAAAUUGAGUUGUUGACCAGUAUAGGUGGUUCAAUACUCUAAUGUUAGAUCAAACCAGAAGGCCCUGCUUCAGAAACUAGGCAACCGUGAACCCUUCUUAUUCAGCUUGAACGCUGUCUUGGAUGGUUACUUAAGUUUUCUGGCAUUCGACAGGACUGGUUCAAAUCAGUAUAGUUGCCGUGCUGAAGUUGAUAGAUUGGAAUGCUUCGGCUUCAGUUGCAGCUCUUUUCUGCUGUCAUUGUAGAUAUAGCUGCUUAGUGUUUUGCUGUAGCAAUUCUUCUUUGUUUGAUUGUUUUAGCAAUUGCUUAAUAGUUGAUCUGGCGACAUAUGACUGAGGAUUUUAUACUGGGUUAUCUGAUGUUAUGUAUCAGAAAUUAGAAAUUUAUUAGUCCUCUUUAAAAAUAAUUUACACUAUUUGGGGGCUAAUUAUUCUGUGCCAUAAUACUAGCAAUACCUUACUUGGUUGCUUGUUGCC